AUGAAUAUUAGUGAUAAAAAUAUUCAAAUAAAACAAGAUAAACAUAUUGGAAAUAUAGAACAAGUGGAUGAAAAAGAAACAAUCGGAUAUGAUCCCAAAUUUUUUUCUUCAAAAAAAUUAGGAGAAACUGAAAAAGAACGAAUAAAAAUAUUACAAGAAAGAUGUAGAAAUAAAGUGUGGAAAAUACUUGGAGAUGUAUUAACAGAAUACAUAGAUGAAUUUAGAGAAAAACAGGAAAUAAGAAUUUCCGUGAAUAAUAAUGUAAUUCCUGAUAUUCAAUUUAUAUUGAAUAAAAAAGAACAAGAAAUUCCUGAUAAUGAUAAAAACCAAGGGAUAAGAAAAUAUACUAUAGAAGAAGAAAAAAUUAUUAAAGAAUUAUCAACCGAAAAUGUAGAAAGUCACAAUCAAUAUUUACAAACUCAUGGUCUGAAAAAGAUAAGAUAUGAGUCAAUGAGAUAUUAG